GAGGGGAGGAGGGGGCCGCGCGCGCCGGGAGCGCGCCCCCCGCACCUGCUCCUGCUCCCGCGCCCGCGCUCUGGGCGCCGUGCGCUCGCCGACCUCGCGCGCCCGGUGGAGCCAGCCGGGCGCGCGCGCAGACCCCCUUUCCUGGCGGCCUCGCCGGCUGCGGCCCGGCGCUGCUCGUCGGACGCCCCUGAAAGGCUCGCCCGUCCCCCCCGCCCCCCGCACCCGUCCCCCUCACACUCCGGGCUGGCGGUGGGCGAGGGUGGGGACACCACCCCACCCCAAAGGCAGUGGUUGUCCUCCAGUCCAGUCCCCCUCCCCGGAUCGCACCAUGUGAUUCUGGAGAAGCGGUUGCCCCGCCAUCUGUGCGCCUGUUCCAAGGGCUCGCAGUGACAUCUGCAGCCCCUGCUCCUAACUGCACCUGUGCUCCCCCUCCCUCCACUUGGGACACCCCAGCUCUGAUGAUGAUGCUGGUGGUGGCGGUGGUUUAUUGUGUCCUUACUAUGUGUCAAAGGACAGCCCUGGUAUAUCCAUUUCCCGGGACCAGCGGGACCCCAGGAUGUCCCCUUGGCCCCUGAGUCCCUUUCUUCUCACUCCCUGCCUGGCCAUUGUGUCCGAAUCUUGGCCCGGCACUUCCUAGAGGAGGGAGCUUGGGCAGCUGGCACGGCUCCCCUGUGCCUGGGUUUCUCCAUUUGCCAAGUGAGGGUGGUUGUGACCUUCUCAGAGGGCUGAUGUCUCCUGAUGCUCUGUGUCCUGAGCGGUUUGUGUGAAUCAUCCUCAUGGCAUGUCCCCGGGAGGCAGUGGAACUCCGUCCUAUUGUGCAGAAGGCUUAACUGAGGCUCAGAAAAGUGUGCACCUGGCCCAGAGCCACACACAGAGCGACAGACUCAGGAAUGAAACCCAGAACAUCUGCCUCCGGAGACUAGACUCCAGUGUAUUUCCUCACCAGCCGCUGGGGGUCAGACACCACCUGGGAGCACGGCCUUUCUUCCGGUCCUGCCCUGGCCCUCCCACUUCUGCGAUCAAGAGCGCGGACAGAAUCAUUUCCAGGCCUCUGUAGCCCUGGAGUUUGCUGGGCGCUCUGCCUUGAGGAUCACAGCACUGGCCUGUAGCCUCAGUUGGACUCUCUCCUCCCUUGAAGAUUUUUCUUUAUUUUGGCUCAAAUUGACCUUGAACUUCAUGAUCCGUGGCAGGGGUGAGGGAAGCCUGGGGCACGUGUCUGGGGCUCAGGGCAGUGCCUGUUUACCAGCUGGCACAGAAUUAUCCUGUCCUUUUACUCCCCAGCAUGGCUACCAUUGUGCGUCCAGGUGAAUGUCAGCCAAACCCAGGUUGCGAGACCCAGACAGAGGGAUGGGCGAGGUCUCAGGGAACCAGGGCGCUCCAGACCUACCCUGCACUGACGGCUGCCCCCUUUCUCCUCGUAGCCCGGCUCCAGUACCCAGACCCAAGUCCUCCACUGCUCAAUGGACACCCCCAGCCCAGACCCGUUGCCUUCGCCUUUGCCCGGGGAGGAAGAGAAACCUCUGGCCUUAUCUUCUGCUGUCCCCCGGGGCCGCCCGGGUGAGCGUCCGGGAGGGGCCUCCUCCUCCAAUCAGACGCUCAAGGCCUGCCCCCCUCGCAAACGAGGCCGCCCCCCCAAGUCAGGGCAGGAGCCCCCGCUGGCACAGGGGGUGACCGCCCCGGUGGGCAGCGGCCGGGAUGGCAACGACCUCCUGCUGAUCGAUGAUCAGGGUGUGCCCUAUACCGUCUCAGAAGGGGCCUUGGCGGACGGGCCUGAGGGCUCGGGCCCCAAGAAGACCCCGCACUUCUGCCCAGUGUGCCUGCGGGCCUUCCCCUACCUCUCGGACCUGGAGCGCCAUAGCAUCUCGCACUCCGAGCUGAAACCACACGAGUGCAAGGAUUGCGGCAAGACCUUCAAGCGGUCCAGCCACCUGCGGCGGCACUGCAACAUCCACACUGGCCUGCGGCCCUUCCGCUGCCAGCUCUGCCCCCGCCGCUUCCGCGAGGCUGGGGAGCUGGCGCACCACCACCGUGUCCACUCCGGGGAGCGUCCCUACCAGUGCCCCAUCUGCCGGAUGCGCUUCACAGAGGCCAACUCGCUCAGGCGCCAUGCCAAACGCAAGCACCCCGAGACGAUGGGAGCCCCUGUGUGUCCCCCAGAACCAGGGCCUGAGCUACCGUGGGACCACGAGGGCAUCCUGGCCACAGAGGGGGCCGAGGAAGAGGAGGAGGAGCCGGAGGGAAAAGAGCUGGCCUGACCCACACCCCCGGCCAGGUUUAGGGCUGGGGCUUCAGCUGGUGCUGCGCCUGGGUUGUGUAGCCCAGACACCCUCCUGUCUGGUGGGAUUCUUGUGGGAGGGGAUUCCAGGUGAGGACCGCAACUUCUGGUGGGCCCUGCUGCCUUCUGCCACCUUCUCCCGGACUUACAGGCCCUUGGACGCAGGGGCCACAGAAAUAAAUCCCUGCCGCCUGGCUCCCCCGUGUGUUCAGUGCUGGUGGGAGGCCUGGCCUUCCUCUGCUUCUCUUUUUCUUGUUAGAAGAGGAAGGGAGAGGGAGAGAAAAGGGAUCGGCUGCCUCCUUCACGCCCCUACUGGGAUCAAGCCCCAAACCCAGGCAUGUGACCUGACCAGAAAGUGAACCAGCCACCUCCAGGUGCAUGGAGCGACUCUCAGCCAACUGAGCCACACUGGCCAGGGCUACUCCUCCUUUUCAAUUGCCCUCUGCCCCUACACCGCCCAUGGGAGUGCUUGGGAUUUGGGAGUCUCCAUGUCACGUGCCUUUAACUUGGUGAUAAAGAAGUGGCUUGGUGGCAGCCUCUGUCCCCUCUCCCAGCUCUAGCAGACCCGGAAGCACUCCCCUAAAUAUCCACUCUAAGGAAAACAUUGCGCCUUCUGUACAGAUGACACUCCAGGCCCACCCUCCCCCAGUCCAGCCAGAUUCAUGGAGAGUCUGCAGCCACCACUUUGCCCCAUCUCCUUUUCCUGACCGCGUUUGGAAGAAAAACUGAGUUGAUAGUAGUGGUUAGAACUGACAACUUUGCUGGGCUUAGGUAGGUAAAGGGUGUGGCCUGGAGGGGUGUGGACUGAGCAAGGAGGCUUACUGGGCAGGUAGGUGAGAACUGUGGGCGGGGCUUAGGAGAAGGCCUCUGUGAGCUGGAGUGGUGCUUACAGUGGCUCCGGGGCUGUGGGCAGUGAGUGAUGGAUCUAGGUAUGGAGAGGGUUUAGCUGAGAGGAGGGGCUUCAAGGGGAAACUAGGAGAGCAAGGUGUCAGGAGGGGUGGGCAUGGCUGCUGUUCAGGCCAAGGGAAGAGGGGGAACCUCAGAGGAGUAACUGAGGGAAUCCCAGAGAGGGGGAGCUUAGCAGGAUGGGCCCGAUAGAACUGGGCGGAGCUGCGGGGGCAGAGCUGAGCCAGGGGCGAGGUUUGCAGGAAUAUAUAAGGGGCAAUGCAGGUGUGGAUAAGCUGUGGUUCUGACUUCACCCUGCACCACAAUUACCUGGAGGGUGUUUCAUUUUAAUUUUUAAUAGAAUUAUAGCUGACAUAUACUCAUUAGUGUCAGGUCUCUAGCAGUGGUGUGGUAUUUCUGUACCUUAUGAAAUGAUCACAAUAAGUAGUUACCAUCUGUCGCCAUACAAAGCUAUCACGGUAUUACUGACUGUGUCCCCUAUUCUGUACCUGACAUCCUGUGACUUGCGUAUCUAUAACUGGAAGUUCCUACGCCCAGGGUUUCUGGUUCAGAAUUUCUGUAGCGGGGCCCUGAGCAUUCCCCUUUCUAACCCUUUCCCGGUGAUGCCGCUGUUCGGUCGGAGGGAAGUCCAGGAGCCGGUGCAUGCCAUCGCAAGGCAGAUGGUGAUGCAGACACUGGUUCCUUCCUGGAACCCGUAACAGACCUGCCCGGGUGUUAUGGGGUAACCUGUGAGAGACCGCCAGAGCCAAAGGGUAAAGUUUAGGAGCCUUUAUUCAGCUGGCCAGCGCCUGCAGUGCCGGUAACCGAAGCCAGGAUGGAAACUGCAGCCCCGACCAGACGUAGAAGUGAGCUUUUAUUCACAAAAACCACAAAACGGCUGGCCAAACACACCAAGUUCGCUGCUCCAUUUCUUAUACCUUUGAAAGGUUAGGUUCCUGGAACGCGUCACCCCUGGCUAAACCGUGACCUGCUCUUUUUGGCUGCAAAAAAUGUGAAAAGGAAGCUGCAGUCUUUGCAGCCGAGCCAGGGACGGCGGUGACCUAAGUUAACUGUGAGCUACGAUUGUUCCUCCGCCCUGGGGCGUUCAUUACCCUGGGACCGUGACAGACCUGCCCGCGGGGGAAACCCCACAGCUCCCGCUCCCGCCCCCAUGAGCAGGUGCAUAAAGAAGUGCCUCCACUCCUCUGUGGCGGGACUUCCCUGGCCCCGCGCAAAUUAAAGCUCCUCUUUCUGACUGGCCUGGCUCUGACCUUGUCUCCUGUGCCGCGAACCUCACAGCAGCCCCCUGCCUCCUCAAGUUCAUCUGCUCCUGGAUCGCGGAGAUGUCACGGGUGACUGAAGUAGCUAAGACGAUUUCGGCGCCCCCUAUCACCAAAAGGCAGGGAUGUUAGGUCGGAGGGAAGUCCAAGAGCCGAUGCAUGCAAUCUCAAGGCAAAUGGAGAUACAGAUACUGGUUCCUUCCUGGAACCUGUACCAGACCAGUGCACCAGGCAGAUGGUGACGCAGAUACUGGAACUUUCCCGAAAGCCGUAACAGACCUGCCCGAGGCGGAAACUCCCACAGAUCAUGCUUCCCUGCCCUCACUGAACAGCUGUAUAAAAAAAGUGCCUCCACUCCCUUUUGGCGCUACUUCACUGGCCCUGCACUUGGACCCAUGAACUUCGCCUGGGAGUGCAGAUUAAAGUUCCUCUUUUUGACUUG